GUCAAGAAAGGCUGCAAAUAUAUUCAAUAAUACUUUUAAUUUGUCAAGUCGUGUUCGUCUCAAUAACAUUGUUGUUCCUUCUAAAAUGUUUGUAAAGUGAAAAAUUAUUGAAAAUAUUUUAAAAAAUCUUCUGAAAUUAUUUUAUAAUGAAAAAAAGAUACUAAAGAACAAAAGAAAAGGCAAUAAAAAACAUCGAUAAGAUAUCUUUGCACAGAAAAAAAAAAUAAUUUGUUAAAAUGCAUUUCUCGAUUCCUGAAACUCAAGAAUUUACAAACGGAGCAAAUGUCUUUACUGGUUUUAAUAUUUAUAUUAAUGGAAGUUUUCAUUGUUGUUUACGUUACAAACAACUGCACAGUCUUCACGAUCAGCUUAAACGAUCUUUGAUGAAUCUCUCUCUUCCGCAAUUUCCGCCCAAGAAACUUUUAACAUUGACACAUAAUGAAUUGGAACAACGACGACUGGCUUUAGAACGAUAUCUGCAAUUAAUUGGGCAGGAUCCAGUGUUAUCAAAGUCCAAUCUCCUUCGUACAUUCCUAUUGAAUGCUCAACAAGAAUCUGCUUUCAUUGAAACAUAUGGAACGACAAUUGACGUUUUCCUUAUGAAUGGCUACUCAAUUACUGUCAAUGUUUCGACAACAGAAAGUUCUUUGAAAGUAUUGGAGAAGUCACUUCGAGCAAUUGAUUUGCCUGAAGAUUUCACGUACUAUUUUGCCUUAUUUUUACUUCGAAAAGAAUCCGAUGGAAAAGUAACCCUGGUACGUAAGUUGAUGGAUUUUGAGUCUCCGUUUAUAUCAUUGAGAACAGCGAGUGAUUGUCAGAUUGUGAUAAGAAAGAAUUAUUGGGAUCCGAACUAUGAUUUAGAUCUAAUGCGAGACAGAAUCGCUUUGAAUCUCCUUUAUAUUCAAUCACUAAGCGAUAUGGAAAUGGAUUGGAUGAUCGCAAGUCCGGAAGUUCGUCAACGUUUGAGUUCUUUACAAGUUACAGGCAAUAAACAUGAAUACAUGAACAUCAUAAGAAAUCUGCCAUCAUACGGUUGUAUUCAAUUUUCCAAUGUUGAUUGUGAUUUUUUCGAGCCAAAAUCAAAAGCAACGAUUGUUAUCGGUAAUCAAGAACUUGGAAUUCGAACAAUGAAUGGCAAAGUCAUUCAAGAGACAAAGUUUCGUGUGACAAGAAUGCGAUGUUGGAGAGUGACAACAAUUUCCAGUGACACAAACAAUGAUAAGAAAAUUAAAACUCGUGAAAAAUGUCGUUAUACGUAUGAGCUUUCAUUUGAAUAUUUAAUGGCAAAGAACUGCCUCAAAUGGAUCAAAUUGGUGACAGAACAAGCAAUGCUGAUAUCUGUUUGUUUACAGAGUAUGGUGGAUGAGCUUUUAAAUCAAAAGAACGGUUAUGAUAUUAACAACAUUAAUACAACAUUGGCCUUAGAUCAACAACUAGAUUAUAUCAAGAGAGAUGAUAAUUCAAUCGGACGGUUAUCGGAAUCAACCAGUGACGGAUCCAUAAAUAGCCUGAAUGAAAUGAAACCAAUUACCAAAAUAUCAAACGAAACAGCAAAAUCAAAGAUUAAGAAUAAAGUGUCAACGUCAGUGUUCUUUAAGAACGGAAAAGAAUCUGUCCAGAAUGAAGCAUUCGAGAAUAUUGGUGACGACGAUCUUUGAAUAAUUCCACUUCUUUUUUAUGCUUAUUAUUAUUUUUCUUACUUUAAUUAACGGGGAUAUUCAUACAGGUUUAUGAUGGUGGUGUGAAGAGAACGAAACUGAUUAAAAAAAAUUUAGAAAUUACAACGAAACUUUGAAUAAGUCAACUUCACUUCACACCAACAUCAGGAUUAUAUUUUAAUUGUUUUAUGAAAUCAUUUACAAAGAAAAACAAAUCUAUUGGCCAGAGUUUUGAUAAGGAAUAAUGAAAUAAUUAUUCUUGGAUUGAUAACAGAGGUGUGCAUAAAAGUCCUAAUUGAGCACAAAUAACAAAGUUUUAAAUUUACCGAUCCUUAUGACUGUAAUUAAUGUUUUGAUAAUUUAAAUAAUCCAAUAAUUGACAGACUUUGAUCUUACAUAGACGAACAUAUUUAGUAGAUAAACGCUAUAGAUAAACAAAAUAAAAAUAAUUAACGAAAAA